AUGUGUCUGUCUGUCGCGCGUGGCCCCACGCAAUAUAGAGCCAUGAUGGACGCAAUCUCGACGAUGGAGCUGUCUGAUGUGUUCGUGAGCGAGCUGUUCCGGCUGCUGCAGAGCAACGCUUACUCGGAUAUAAUCCAGUGGUCGCCCGACGGUAGCAGGUUUAUCAUCUGGAACACAGACCAGUUCACCAAAGUCAUUCUCCAGAGGUUUUUUUCCACGUUGCCGAGUUUCGCAUCGUUCGUGCGGCAGUUGGGCAGGUAUAAGUUCCAGAAGACCGAAAGGUUGCAUUGUAAAGAGUUUUUCAACGCCCAUUUCCAAAGAGACAACCUGGCUGGCCUGCGUUUUGUAAAGACCACACGCAGGUCGCCGCCGGCAAAGAAACUGUCCAAGGCCUGUGCUUACCGCUGGGACCCUUUUAAAGUGAACUCCAUUCUCAGCAAGGCUGUCGGUAAGCCGUCGUUCGAAAAACUGGAGAAAAACGUCGAUACUCUGCAGGGCAACCUCGAUGAGGUCACCUCGAACAACGCAGAGAGCCUGCGGAUUAUAAAAGAGAUCAAUGCGGGCUUGCAGACGCUCUCCUACCACCAGUUCCAUGCCUACCAGAUGGCCAAUUUUCUGCAAGCGAACUUCGAAGCCAUCAGGAAAGCCGCCUGCCAGCAGCAGCAGCAGCAGCAGCAGCAGCAGCGGCGGCAAGACCCAAGGCGCCGCCGCCUGCUGCUCCUGAUGGCAGGCACGUGCGACACAUCGAAAACGCCCCUGGUGCGCUUGCUCAAGUCCAUGAACUUCUCCAUCGACACAGCCACCCAGUGGCACCCGCUGCUGAAUCUUGACACGUACGACCUGCUUUUCGUCGCCGUGUCCCCCUACAUGCCCGAAGACGAGAUUGUCUACUUCAAGAAACUCCGGAACCUGUUGCCCAGCUUCCCCAUAGUCGGCGUCAUGAACAACCUCACCUCUGCCCUCGACACGAACACUUCCCCCUCCAACUACUCCCGCUACUACUGCAACCAUUUCCUGCGAUUGGGCUUCAACGACAUCCUGGUGAGCCCCUUCACCCCAACCCAGCUUACAACCCUCCUCUCGAAACAUUUUCCGACGUGA